AACAGGCAAUUGAACAUGCUAUAUGCUGUUAUCAUUUAUAUCUUGGCAUAUUUGCAUUUGCAUUUGCAAUUGCAAAUUAUGGAAAACAUACCUGAGAUGUAUGGAUUACAUAUUAUAUUAAUAUAAAUGAAAUCAAAUGUGAUAGAACUAUGUUCUAGGGAUAAAUGAAGAGAUCACUUUUGGAUAAUAUUUGAUUAUAGCAUCUUCGGUGGAUUAAUAUGGAUUAUAGGGCUUUAUUCCUUUUUUGGAUAGCUGGAAUUCUGACGCUUAUAACAUUAACAGAUUCUCAAUCUGUGCAAAAAGAUCCUAAGAAGAAUGACCCAGAGAAGCGUUUAUUCAACAAGCUUUUCAAGAGUUACAGGACAUCAGUUAGACCAAUUUUUCAGAAGUCUCAACCAGUAAAAGUUGAAGUUAACAUAGACCUUCAUCAAAUAGUAGAACUGAGUGAGAAGAGUCAGUUUCUACAUAUGAGUUUGUGGGUUAGAAUGAGUUGGAUAGACGAGCACCUGACCUGGGACCAAGAUAAGUUUGAAGGCCUUGCAGAAAUACAGGUGCCAUCUAGAGACAUAUGGAAACCAGAUAUAACCAUAGUAAACAAUGUGGAUGACUCUAAAUCUGCAAUGAAAUUGUUCUCAGACACUCCUGCCAAAGUCUACCCCAAUGGUACUGUAUACUGGUUGACAUCAUCGCUGUGUAAGAUCUCCUGUAAAAUAAAUGUAGAAAACUUCCCAUUUGACGAGCAGCACUGUACCAUUGUUUUGUCGCCUUGGACAAGUGAUAUUCGAUUCAUCAAUUUAACAUAUGGGGAGCCUGAAGGUAAUUCAGGUCCAUUUGUAAUCCAUGGUGUUUGGGAUCUACAGGGGAUUCCAGUUGAGCGUGAGGAGGUUCUUUAUCCUUGUUGUCCCGAUCCUUAUGUUGAAGUAAGGUAUACAGUGGUUGUUAGGAGACAGCCCAACUUCUACCUAUAUAACCAACUCUUCCCCUGUAUUCCCCUUAUGUUGAUAUCAGUCCUUGUGUUCUGUCUGCCAACAGAGUCAGGAGAGAGAGCCUCCUUAGCUGUGACAUUGCUCCUGGCGAUGACUGUAUUCCUGAACUUCAUAUCUGAGAACAUGCCACCCACUUCUGAGGUGGUACCUCUGUUAGCUCAAUUCUUUGGUGCUGCCAUAGUUCUGCUGUCUGUGUGUACAUCUGUGACAGUUCUAAUCUUAAACAUCCACUACCAGGGUGAGCAUGGCAAACCUACCCCUAAGUGGCUGAAAGUAAUCUUCCUUGACUACAUAGGACAUUAUCUCCAUAUCAAGAGAAAACCCAAGGACAGAGUGAAUGAGUCAAAAGAUGGCACUGACGGUGUUGAAAAAAAUGGAACAUUUCAUGCAAGCAGUUUAAACACAGUAUAUGACAAUAGAAACGGUGACAUGGAUAUGUUAGUUUCACAGGAUUCUCUGGGACAUCAAAUGCAGAAUAUCAACUGUGUUCUAGCUUUACUUCAUGAGGAGAUCACAACAAGGAAUAGGGAGAAAUCACGAGCAGAAGACAUUAAGGAAGAAUGGCAGCUCAUUGCUAUGACAUUUGACAGAAUGUUGUUUAUUGUUUUUAUUAUUUGUAAUGUAUUGGUUAAUGUAUCUAUAUUCACUAAAGUUGCAUUUGUAUAUGUAGACCACUAAUAAACAUUAAUUUACCGAGUAUUUCCUAAGCGCCGGAACGUUUGACUAUUAACGAGAGUUCAACUUCAUAUACAAUAAUUCUCUAAUCUUGCCUAUAUAUUUAAUUGGAAUAUGGACAAUAAAAACACAAAAUAAAUUUUCUGCCUAUGAAGUUAAAAUUUGUUUCACUUCCAAACUUGUAAAAAUGAACAGGAUUCCUCUACUCUUCUAUGUUCCUGCGCCUGUGAUCACAACUACAAAAUCAGUUGUAAAUAUCAGAGGGUAGUGUGACUUGGCAAUAUGCGUUUUGGGUACAUUGUGACCAUUACAUUUUGAGGUGACUAUUGAUUCCACAAUGGAGCUGGUUAAUAUUUUUUUGAAUAAUGUCAAAAUAAUGAAUCGGAGGCGAAAAUAUUAACCUAGGUGUUCAAGUAGGUUAGACUUAAUCUAUAAUUUCUUUACAA